AUGGCAUGUUGCAAAGUCAAUUGCAACCAACACGUACGGUUCGUUAGUCGGGUACUCAACCAGUUAAAAAUCCAAAAAAUAAUAAUAAUAUCAAAAACCGAAAAAGAAUUCCUUUCGCUCACUUGUUCUCGCCCCGUUCAGCCGGAAGCAGAGGUUGUAUCUGCCUGGUUCAACAGAGAGUCAACACACGACUCGGUUGAGUUCUUUCUCUAUGCCACAGAUGACUCGGUCUACCCAUUACAAGAACCCGAUCUCCAUGGUUUCCUCACCCUCACCCCUGAAAUCGAUUAUGACGACCCACCCGUAGAUACCUCAUCCACCCAUGAGCCCCAGGCAAUCUAAGAAAAAAAACCCCCCCUCUCAACCGAGUUGUCAAUCUUCCAACUCCCUCUCUUUAUUAAGAUGCCAUGUUUUGUUUUGUCUUUCUUUUCUUCUUCUUUUUCUUUGUUUCAUUCAAAGCACACAAAGCACAUACACCCAUUUGUAUAUAUAUAUAUGGGUGUAUAAGUGUGUUUAUGGCUGCUUGCGUGUAUACGUGUACUUGAGUAUAUUUUGAUUUCUUUUCCUUUUGAAACAUCACAUCAUAAAAUAAAUAUAUCUCGUGUGAAAACAAAUAAACAAUAUAUAUUUAUAUUUAUAUUU